CGUCAUCAAGCUCGGCGGCCGGCCGAUGACGUCACAGGCAGGUAGUCUCGGGGCGUGGCCUGUCCUUCCUGCUCCUUGCUGGCGGAUGUUUAUAGUUUCUGGGCGCGGACCGAGACGCGCAGACAUCAUUUUGGUUUCGGAGCCGCUCGAACUAAAAACGAACUUUUUAAAAAAUGGACCUUGCUCGCUUUUGGCCUCUUUUGGUCGUCUUCUGUCACUUUUGGGGCGCGGACGGCGCAGGGAAAGGACGCGGAUUCGUCGGGGUGAUAGACCCCCAGGACUCUGAUCUGGUGGUGGUGGAACGGGCCACGUCGGAGACCCUGCAGAGCGGCCUUACCACCGUCUUCCUGCCGCUGGUCUACAUCGUGGUGUUUGUGGUGGGCCUGCCCACCAACGCCAUGGCCAUCUGGGUGUUCCUGUUCCGCACCAAGAAGAAGCACCCGUCCUCCAUCUACAUGGCCAACCUGGCGCUGGCCGACCUGCUCUUUGUCAUCUGGACGCCGCUGAAGAUUGCCUACCAUUUCGGCGGAAACGACUGGACCUACGGCGAGCCGCUGUGCAAGGUUCUGGUGGGCUUCUUCUACGGGAACAUGUACUGCUCCAUCCUCUUCAUCGCCUGCCUGAGCGUGCAGCGCUACUGGGUGGUGGUGCACCCGCUCUCGCAGCAGAGGAGGAACAACAAGGUGGCCAUCGGGGUCUGCGUGGCCGUCUGGGUCUUCAUCUGGCUCAGCACCACACCGCUCUAUCUGUACCAGCACACGGCCCGGCUCCGAGAGCCCGGCAUCACCACCUGCCACGACGUCAACAUCAUCCUGGACCCGCUGGACCCCUACCCGUCGGUGCGGCUGCCUUUCUUCUACUUCAUCUUCAUGGGCCUGGUGGUGUUCCCGGUGUCGUGCGCGGUCAUCGUGGUGGCCUACGUCCUGCUCCUGAAGGCCCUGGGAAGGAACAUGGAGGACAACGCGACGGGAAAGAACCGCAAGCGGGCGGUGGUCCUGAUCGCCGUGGUGCUGGUCACCUUCCUGGUGUGCUUCGUGCCGAGCAACAUCAUGCUGGUGGUGCACUACUCGCUGCUGAAGGACGGCGUGGCCAACAACGGCUACGGCUUCUACGUGACCACGCUGUGCCUCGCCAGCCUCAACAGCGUGCUGGACCCGUUCAUCUACUACUAUGUCUCCGAGGACUUCCGCAACCACGUGAAGAACACGCUGCUGUGCAGGAGCAGCCGGACGGUGGAGCGCAUGAGGGUCUCCUUCAGCUCCAUGAACUACUCCAGGAGGAGCAAGACCUACGUGUCGGACGCUGGGGGAACGCAGAGCAGCUCUUGCUAGGGAACCCAUUGCGAGGACACAGUGGUCAAUCCGUCCGAUUACAACCGGGAUACCUUCAAAUGUCACGGAACCAAAGACUUCAGGCCAUGGCUACGCGGAUGAUAUUUAAACCUAAAAAAAUCUCUUUCUGGAUGUUUUCCAAAGAAAGUCUUAUUCACUUGGAGAACACGGAGUUACUUCCACACGGGUGCUGGUUUCAUUCGGUAAAAGGACAAAUCCAUCCGCAAUGUAGCGCUAAGGUACAUCUACUGUCGUCAGCAGGUCGGCUAAUUGUUCAAUGGCUUAGAGCCCAUGACUGUGUUUUUUAACAAACCCAUGUCCAACAAGACCAAACUCUGGAGAUGGACCCCAGCUUUUGGAACACUCAGGAAAAUAGAGAACUAAGACUAAAACCUUGGCACGUUCCUGCAAACUUGUAACCUCAUUAUCCACAUUAGUGUUUUGGGUUCAUGUACAGAUAAACAUUUUUUUAAAUGUUACAGUAUGUCGUUUUGCUAAAUAAAUGCUAAAGAAAUAAA